UAAAUGUUUUCUAAUAUUUAUAAUAUUAAUAUAACAUAUAUUGUGCAUUCGCACAGGAGACAGAAUUAAGAAUUGAAGAUGAUCUGAAGAAUAACAGCGACGAAAAUUGCCGACGUGUCGCGUCGCGAUGGCGCCCAUGCUCUGAAUCAUGCCAUGAGGGUUCUAACUUCUGUCAAGCUGCGAGAAUCGAUAUCCCUGAGAGCGAAAGAGUCCUUGACCGUGGCUACACACGGACAAUGACAAUAGUAUCGGUUCCGUUUUAAAUGCUCAGUAUUUUUAACGUCAAGAUUAAAUAUCGAAGGCAAAAACCAAUAUACAUUCUAAAAUCGUCUUAUCGUACGUUAAGUUUUACUUAACAUUUCCUUUACAAUAUAAAAUACUAAUAUAAUUUUAGAAGAAUAUAAUUGUCUUGUCGAUAUUGAUUAAGUAAUGUUUAUUAAGUGAUCAAACAAUCCAUCUUGUAUUAAAAUAUCCAAAUUUGCAUGUGAUUAACGUAUGUUAUUCUGAAAAACAGAGGGUGCCGGGCGGAGGGGGCGUGAUUGUGGGGGGUGGCGCGGGGUCGGCCACCCCCCAAGGGGCGCAGCAGGGUAACAGUCACAAUCUGGUGUACCGCGUGGUAGGGUCGCGUGGACAUCCCGGCGGCCAUCAUCCUCAUGUGAAGAAGUCCGACAGCUCUCAACAGACCGAGAGCUCGGUCUUCAGGCAUCAGCAGCAUCAGCAGCAACAGCAGCAGCAACAGCAAAGUUCGAACGGUUCUGGCAGCAGCUCUAACAGCCAGCAAUGGAAAAAGUACAUCGAGGCGGGCGCUGCGAGGGAGAGAGACAAGGAGGGCGCGCCACCCAGCCCUAGUCCCUCCAGAAGGUCACAGGAUAAACACCGGAAACAAACCAUGGCCGAAUAUGCGAACGGCGAGAAACCGCAGAAAGUUUCGUCGGGCACGUCGACCAGCAGUAGCAGUAAGGUUCGCGGGGUACCGCAAAGUUUCGGUUACGUUAAGAGACACAGCGCGGGCACCAGUCCAAGUCCCAAUGGCGUCCAGAAUGGCGGCAAGGAUGCUACCAGGACGGCUCAAGUCAGCGCCGUGCCAAGAACCAAGGUCAAGGUAUCCGGUGGCACUCAAACAUGCACCACGGAGUUGCAGGCAAAUUCCUCAGGGUCCAGCCAGGGUCACCAUUACAAGAGCUACAGCCUCACCGGGCCCAGUGCCAGCCAGCUCUCGCAGUCGGUCCGGGACCGUCUUAUGCUGGGUUCCCAAAGUCUGCCAAAACCGGGCAGUCCAGAAUUUACCGCUCUCUUCGCGUCUGCUCAUCAUCGAGAGAGAGGUACCGGUGUUGGACCGGCGAGCGCACCAUUCUCACCUCGUGUACUGAAACCGUCUGACGGCAGCCUCAGUGACACAUGCAGUAAUUACGCCGCACCUGAUCUCCAGGGUUACUAUGGCACACCCAACAGCCCUUACACCACUUCAUGGAUGAGGCAUAGUAACACCUACACGCCUAGCGGACGAUCUCAAGGAAUGGGCUUGUGCGAGGCAGAUAGCGUGGAAUCGUUGGGUUCACAUCGCGCGAGUUUGACGCAUGCUCGUUUGCUGAUGCAUCAAAGAGACUCUACAGGAUCACCGGCGCCGCCCAGACUGAACAGGAGCAACUCCAUCAGGUCCACCAAGAGCGAGAAGAUGUACCCGUCGAUGCUGGCGCGCGGCAGCGGCGCCUCGUCGUCGGUGGGCGAGGAGGUCGGGAUUGGCAUGGGAGUCGGAGUGGAACCGUAUUAUAGCGUGCCCGUGGGAUCGGCGGGAUGUGCCGGCCAGCACUGGUCCCAGCCGACGUCACCGACACCCACUCACACUUCCAGGCAGCCACCGAACUUGUACCAGCAUGUGCACAAGGACGACGACAUUCAUGGCUCGUCGGUAUCUCUGGUAUCCACCGCGAGCAGCCUCUACAGCUCGGCUGAGGAGAAACAGGCACAUGAAUUGAGAAAAUUGCGUCGCGAGCUACUGGACGCACAGGAGAAGGUGCAUUCAUUGACCAGUCAGCUAUCUACAAACUUUAGACGAAAUUUGGAGGCAGGAGAAUGCUCACCAAUU